AUGGCAGCUGGGUUCUUGGCUUCAGCAGUCUCGCCGGCAGCGUGCUUCUUGGCGUGGGGUGCUGGUUGCUCACGGUUCCAGCAGGUGGUUCCGUCUCUCGGCGUGCUUCGGUGGUUUCCAGGCGCAAUAUGGAAAAAGAAUGGAUGUCAGCUGAUAGGAUCAUUAUUGUUUAUGAAUCCGAAUAAGGUUUCUACUUCCGUGACUCGUGCAGAUAGUCGUGCUCAAGCUUUAUGUGAUAGGAUGUUAUAUUGCACGUCUAAAAAGCAUGAUUGGAUAGUUAUGCCUUAUAACCAUGGGGAGCAUUGGAUGUUAUUUUUAUUAUUUCUCAAUUGGCAUUAUUGUUGUUUUCUCGAUCCUCUCAAUGCACCAUUAGAUAACAGGACAACCAUCAAGGAGACCAUCCAUGAUGCAUUUGAGAUGUAUUUCACAGAAAGAAUGAAAGCACGUCAAAAGAUCAACAAACGCUCAUCGGGAGCAAUGUAUUUCCAACCUACGUGCCGUAAACAACCAAACAAUAUCGACUGCGGAUAUUACGUUAUGAGGAUGAUGAAGAAUGUACUUAUCAAUGCCCCUCAUAUCAAACAUUUCUUGUCGAAACAGUUCACCUCUGACAAACCAUAUACUACUCAAGAAAUUGACGAAGUUCGAGAAGAAUGGGCAAUGUCAUUUUUACAAUUGGUUAGAGCAAAAUGAAUGAUGUUAUAGCUAGCUAAUUACAAUACACAUGUUCAUAAAUUUUUAAU